UUAAAGGGUCGCGUAACGGAAGUGACGCUGAUACGGAAAAGCGCUCCUCGGACAGCCGCUAUGGGAUCAAUAUAUCUACAGGAAUAAAUCAUGCAUUACAGAUCGCAAAUAUUCGAAAAAAAAAAAAAAACAUACCAUCAGAAUUAAUGAUUAGGAAGUGUUAUUGUUUUUAACGUUUCGCUCGCGGACAGAGGGUUUGACAUGUGGCCAGUCUCUGUUAAAAAACUUUGCGCUUUUUGUUUCUGCGCGUGUGCGAUUGUGUUUUUAAUCAUGACAUUUCAGGUUAUCGAACAGCUCGGACAGUUCGAGCAGAGCACACUCAGACAGAAGUUAACACACACACGGGUUCAGGACCCUGUCAUUGUGUGGUGGUCUCCUCUGACUGGAGAACUGGGACGUCUCGGAGACUGUGGCCAUAACAGAUGUUUCUUCACUGUUAACAAGUCUUAUCAUUCCCAUCCACACACAAAAGCUUUUCUUUUUUAUGGUACAGAUUUCAGCAUUGAAAGUCUUCCUCUUCCGCGUCAUGAGCAGCACCAGUGGGCGUUGUUUCACGAGGAGUCGCCCAAGAAUAACUACAAGCUUUUUCACGAGCCACUCAUUACCCUGUUCAACCACACGGCGACCUUCAGCCGUCGCUCUCACCUGCCCCUCACCACGCAGCACCUGGAGGACCUCAGCGCCCUCCGCGCACAAACACACCUGCUGCCUCUGGCCUACAAAAACCAGCUGAGGAGGGCUCUGGCGCCCGUGGCGUACGUCCAGUCGGACUGUGACCCGCCGUCUGACAGAGAUGUUUACGUUCAAGAGCUGAUGCAGCACAUCCAGGUGGACUCAUACGGACAGUGUCUUCACAAUAAAGACCUGCCGCCCCAUCUGAGAGACUCCACUGCAAUGGACGAUCACGAUUUCUACCAGAUCCUCGCCCAGUACAAGUUCAUCCUGGCCUUUGAGAACGCCGUCUGCGAUGACUAUAUCACUGAGAAACUGUGGAGGCCGCUCAAACUAGGCGUUGUGCCGGUGUACUACGGAGCUCCUAACGUUCGCAUGUGGUUGCCAGAUAACAGGAGCGCAGUGGUGGUCAAUCCCAAUGAGCCGCCGAAGAAGCUCGCUCAGUAUUUAAAUUGGUUGGACAAGAAUGACGGGGAAUAUCUGAAAUAUCUGGAGUGGAAGCAGAAGCGGGAGAUAUCUAAUGUGAAUCUGGUGAGAGAGCUGAAGGACAGACCGUGGGGUGUUCAGGAUAUUGGUCAGGACAGCUUCAUUGACGCCUUUGAGUGCAUGGUGUGCAACAGGGUCUGGGAGAAUAUCCACCGGCAGGAAAAGAAACUGCCAUCUAAAGUCUGGAGAGCUGAAGAAAGCCACCUCACAUGCCCACCUCCAAAGCUGUUUGAGUUUGCUGUGAGCCCCAGCUCAUCUCUUCGGCAGAUAUGGAGAGCCAGUUAUGAGCAGUCCAGAAGAGAAGCACGAGCGCUGGGACUGAUGCUUCGCAGGAACAGAAACUUUACAGUCACGCAGUUCUGGAGAGAAGUGUUUACUGACUAAAGGAAACGGGUAACUGAAAUGCAGUUAUUAUGUUUAUGUGGAUGGCAAACCUGUGGGCUGC